UAAAGCUCUCGACGACCUGUCGACGUAGCGUUCCCCAACUCUCCCCACCUAGACACCUUCCUCCCUCUCAAUCAGCUUGACGCCGAAAUGAGCGGCGCGGGCGACAAUCGAUGGCGGCGCUCUGGACAGGGAGCAGCGAAUCGCGAUCGCGGGCAGAAUCCAGAGGGGCGGAGUAGUGGGACGAGUACGCCUACGAGGGAGGGUGGUGGUAAUAAGCAGCAGCAGCAGCAGCAGCAGCAGCAGGGUGGUAUGACGGCUGUGUCUGGCAAUGUAUGGGGCGGUGGUGCGGGAAAGGUGAAAGGUGUGGGAGGUGCGCAGGGAGGAGGAGGUGGUGGAGGACAGGUGGAGCCACAGCAACAGUCGCAGCAGCAGCAGCAGCAGCAGCAGCAGCAGCAUGUUCCAGUCAAGGAGUUCAAUGCCGAGGAAGUGAGGGAGUUUCUGAAGAAGAGAUACCUAGAAACCAUCGGAGACCUCCCGGCGGUACACUACAAGGUCCAAGGCGACUCGGUCGCGAAGAGGGGGAGCGGGGUUUGGCAAACGAGAGGGAAUAUGAGUCACCUCAUGCCGAAUGGGCGCGAUUUCGUGCAGGAGUUGAAGAAGCAGUUGGUUUCGCUGGAGCAGAAGAGGGCGUCGUAGCGCAUUGGGACUCGUACAACUCUAUCACGCGCGAGAGAGACUCAGGAGGUAGCCGUCGCUGCAUCCGCCCAUCCUCGUGCGGCGAUGGCACGCCCAUGAGUCCGGAGAAAUGAUGGAUGAUGGAUGCUCAUGAACUUGGGCGCGUUCUCGGUCAAUGGGCGUUAGCCGGUGCUUUUGGGAAUUUUAUAUGUCGCUUCUCUGCGGUUCAUGGCGCUGCGCUGGAGCAAUACCCACCCGGAUCGGCGCAGAAGUUAUUCGGUUCGAGACGGUUUCUUCGAGGAAUGUUAUGGAGGAUUUUUUGAGAGCUUGACUUGGAGGCUUGGGACUGUUGUACAGUAGCGGAGGCGCAACGUACAACAUUAUGGUUUUGGGCUAGCUUCUGGGUGGGUCUCGUCGAAAAGUGGAUUCAAAUAUCAACUGGGAUGCUAUAUGUGG